AUGAGUUCGAAAUACUCGACGUUACCCGAUAUUGAUGACCAACCAGAUGUAUACGAAACUCCAGACACAAACGAGAGCUCAGUUAACGUGACUUACGAAAAUCAGUCAAGCGACGAUGAUGAUGGAGAAGAAGUUGUAAAAUCUCGUGUCUCAGUUAAAGAUGCAGCUAGUAGAUUCAAAGACAGUAUAGUAGACUCGACAGAUGCAGAUUUUUCGGAUCGAUUGUCUCGUAGAAAGAAGGCCAUGUAUCGUACAUUCGUACGUCGACCACUCGGGCUAGAAACAAGCGAGUAUGAAAUAUUACCAAAAAACCUGACGUUGGAAGAGACUCCUUUACAGAAACUACGUCGACUUAUGUACGAAAUUCAAGAGCUAAAUGAUGAAGUUGAAAAACAGAAGGUGUGA